AUGGUGCUCAGUCUGACUGUUAUUCUGUUCCUAGUUUUACACCUCUUGCCUGGAGUGAAAACUUCCAUGGUAAAUUUGAAUAAUAAUGGAUAUGAUGGCAUAGUCAUUGCAAUUAACUCCAGUGUACCAGAAGAUGAAAAACUCAUUCAAAACACAAAGGAAAUGGUAACUGAAGCUUCUACUUACCUGUUUCAUGCAACCAAAGGAAGAAUUUAUAUCAGGAAUGUAAGCAUUUUAAUUCCAGUGACGUGGAAGUCAAAAUCAGAGUACUUAAUGUCAAAACAAGAAUCAUAUGACCAGGCAGAUGUCAUAGUUGCUAAUCCUUACUUAAAAUAUGGAGAUGAUCCUUAUACACUUCAAUAUGAACAAUGUGGAGAAAAAAAGAUAUACAUACAUUUUACUCCAAACUUUUUAUUGAAUAAUAAUUUGCAUAUCUAUGGAUCUCAGGGCAGAGUAUUUGUCCAUGAGUGGGCCCAUCUCCAAUGGGGAGUUUUUGAUGAGUACGAUGUGGAACAGCCAUUCUAUAUUUCAAGCAAAAACACUAUUGAAGUGACUGAAUUUACUGCAACAGGAACACACAGUACAGAAGCUCCAACCCCACAAAAUAAAAUGGGCAGUCACAGAAGCACAUGGGAUAUAAUCAGGGAAUCUUAUGAUUUUCAGAAUGUGGCUCCCAUGACAGGGACAAAUCCACCACCUCAUCCUACAUUUUCUUUGCUCAAGGCCAAGAACCAAGUAGUCUGUUUGGUGCUCGAUAAAUCUGGAAGCAUGGCUUCAGAAGACUGUCUCUUUCUAAUGAAUCAAGCAGCAGAACUCUACUUGAUUCAAAUUAUUGAAAUGGGAUCAUUGGUUGGGAUGGUCACAUUUGAUAGUUGGGCUAAAAUCAAAAAUUAUCUUACAAAUACUGAUGACAAUGCUUACCAAAGUAUCACUGCAAAUCCACCUCAAGUAGCUAAUGGUGGAACUUGAAUUUGCAAUGGACUCAAAGAAGGAUUCCAGGCAAUUAUCCAAAGUAACCAGAGAACUUCUGGUUCUGAAAUCAUGUUACUAACAGAUGGGGAAGAUGAUGAAAUAAGCUCAUGCUUUGAAGAGGUCAAACCAAGUGGGGCGAUCAUCCACACCAUUGCUCUGGGGCCUUCUGCUGCCAAGGAACUGGAGACCCUGUCAAAUAUGACAGUUACAAUUACACUAAACCCACCCAGACAUGAAGACAUACAUGACAUGGCAGAAGCUGAAAUAAAAGACUUCAGCAGACUAAUCUCUGGAGGGUCAAUUACUGUAUCAGAAGUUCCUCCUUUUAGAGAUCAUACUCAGGUGUUCCCACCAGGUAAAAUUACAGACCUCAAGGCUGAGUUUAAAGAAGACUAUAUUCAAUUUUCAUGGACUGCCCCUGGCAAUGUCCUCGAUAAAGAAAAAGGGACCAAGUACAAACGUGCAGCGGUGCCGCGGACCCGCGGCGCGCCCGGCGCAGCGAGCGCGACCUUCCCUCGGGCCGAGCGGGCCGAGCUCGCGGGCGCCCGGCGGCUGCACCGCGGCGAGCCUGAAGGGGUCGCUGUUCCCGCGGUCUCCUCCCUUCUGGCUCCGCCUCGCGGCGUCGCAGGCUUCCUCGGCGGGGGAGCCUGA